ACGGCGUUGAAGUUAACUCGGCUUCGUUCUCUGGUGGAAUUGUCCGAAGUAAAUAGCAAUCAAAGAUUUGUUAAGAAAGUUAAAUAGCAAUUAAAAAUUUGUUAAAAACUAAUUGUUACGCACUUAAAAUUAGCAAAUAAACAAGAAAAGUAAUUUAAAAGAAACGGCACACAACAAUUACAAGGAUUUUUGCAACAACAGCGCUUAGAAAACACCAACAAUUACGUGGCGAAAGUUGGUCAAGAAACGAAUUCUUUUUUUUUUGGAAAGAAGCAGCGAAAAGUGCAAAGUGUUGUGGUAGCAGCAGUGCAGUAGACGAGAGCGUUGGCAGCGGCGUAAACAGCAAAACGUGAACGUGUUGAAGACAAAAAACGUCGUGAAAAAUUUGCAGCGAACCACAAGACCUAAAGAAAACAGCCGAAAACAACAGAAAUAAAGAAACAUAAAAACACACAUAGAUAAAACUGCAGAGGAGAUCUUUAAACAACAAACACAACUCAAAUGUAAAAUUCCAAAUUGCAAAUCGUUUGUUUGAAAACAGAGGUAACUAAUAGCAGAAGAAAAACAGAUUCAAAGGAAAUUUCAACUUUACAGCAGAGGAAGAAGAGAGGAAAUAAAAAAAGUUUGUUGAGGAAAAACAAGGCUGCUAAAGUUGAAGUAAAGCAAAACACAACAGAAACAACAACCCAUACAACACAGCAACAUAAUGAACAACAAUAAACGCAAAAAUCGGCCCAGCGGAGGUGGUGGAGGAGGAGGCGGUCUGACCACUGGUGGUGGAAAUAUCUCAAGAUAUUCAAAUGAUAACCGACAGACGAUCAAAAUACGACCACAGGCUCAGGGUAUAUAUAACAAUGCCUACUUUAUGCAUGCCGCAACAGCUUUGGUCGGUAACGUUGUACAGAUGCGUCUGCGUUCGGGUAAUAUUUACGAAGGUGUUUUCCGUACAUUCUCACCCAGCUUCGAUGUAGCUCUUGAAUAUCCAUCAUGUAUUAAACUAGGCAAAAAUGCUCCCGAAGAAUCCAAGCCUGUGCCAGAAGUAAUGAUAUUCCCCUACGACACUGUAGUUAGUAUUUCAGCAAAAGAUUUCGAUUCACAGUAUGCCACUGGAGGAACAUUUCAAACAGAUGCGGCCAUAUCAGAAAAAUGCAAUGGCUCACGUUUUGAUGAAAAAGAACUUGAACCAUGGGAUCCAUCCGGCACAAAUGGGGACAUUGACAUUGAAUUGGAUGAUGCCGCCAAUGGUUGGGAUGCCAACGACAUGUUUCGUAAGAAUGAAAAUACCUUUGGCGUCACGUCCAAUUUCGACGAUUCAUUGUCCUCAUACACGUUGCCCUUGGACAAAAUUGAUUCCGAUGAGUUCAAAGAACGUGAAGCCAAAGCAGAAAGAUUGGCAGCUGAAAUUGAAAACAAUCCUGCGUGUCGCGAUCGCUUAGAUUUAGAAAACGGUGAUGAGGAGGCAAUGUUUGCCGCCGUCUCCAGACCUGAAUUAGAGCGUGAGCGUGAACGAGAGCGUGAGCGCGAACGUGAUCGCGAGCGGGAGAGAGAACGUGACCGUGAACGAGAACGCGAAAGAGAACGGGAACGUGAGCGUGAAAUGGAAAGGGAGCGGGAACGCGAAAGAGAUCGCGAGGAUCGUGAACGUGAACAGCGUGAACGCAAACGUUACGAGCCUCCGGUUAUGACUGAACGUUAUAUUACCAAGCCUACGCGUUCUAUUAACGGACCACCACCACCUGUUUCCAUGUCAUCACAAUCGAUGGGUGGUCAAACACCUCGUGGCGGCGGACAUAGUGGUCAUGACCGUGAUGAUCGUAACGACCGUAACGAUCGUAUGGACCGUAAUGACCGCAAUGAUCGCAACGACCGCAUGAUGGGCAAUAGCCUUUCGUCAUCAGUUUCGGGGAUGGGCCAAGGACCGAACUCUACGCAAUCAUCUGCCGGUGGCAUGUCAGGUGGUAUGAAGGGUUCAGCUCCAUCCUCGUCACAGAUGUCGCAACAAGAUGGUGGUAACAAGUACCAAAGUGGUGGUUCGAUGAUGAAACGCAAAUCAAAUCCUCCGCUCAAUCAGAAAAUGGUACGCAACACACCGCCGCCUAACAGUAGCGGUGGUCCCACUGGCAUGUCGCAAAGCGGCAGUGGUGGUAAUGUUGGUGCCGGCGGUAUGUCACAAAGUGGCAAUCAAAGCGGUGGUGGACAGAAGCAAAACAUUUACAACACCAUGAUUAUGCAAAAUCAACAACAAUCACAGCCAUCAUAUCAACCUUAUACACCACCGGCUAUGCAUGGUGGUGGUCCCUCUCAAUAUAGGGGUGGCUCUAAACUAAAUGGAGAAGGUGGAGGAGGUGGUGGCAGUAAUAUGGGUGGAGGAGGCGGCGGAUCCGGUAAACCAUUGCCUCAAAGGCCAAUGCGCCAAUAUUCGGGAUCAUCGUCCAAUUCUUCGAUGACCUACGGUGGCAAUGAUAAUCAAAAUCAAAUGAGACAUUCUCAGCAUGGCCCACCCCAUGGUGGCCAGGGACAGGGUAUUAGUGGUAGUUCACCACCUUUGCAAGGUGGUGGGCCGGGCUCUCAUGGUCCUGGAAUGUCAGGACCCGCUGUUCAACAGCAGCCACCACCACAGCCUCAACGUCAAAUGAGACCUCGUGAUAAUCAAUUGCAAGACUUACGACAAUUUGGACAAGAUUUCCAAUUGGCCAACACAUCACCAUCUCCUGGUCCACCAACACAGCAGCAGCAACAACAGUCGGCCCCACAGACACAGCAUAUGAACCCGAACAAAGGUCACCAGCCACAGCCAUCGGUAUCACCACCACAGCAACAACAACAGCAGCAACAACCGCCCCAUAUGCAACAGGUGCAACAACAGCAGCCGUCUCAUGUUGCCGCCCAUCAACCUCCACCCCAACAAGCACAUGUCAACAUGCAGCAUGUAGGCCAGCAGCAGCAACAACAACAUCACGGUGGACCACCGCCUUCACAGCAGCAGCAUCAUAGCGGGCAACAACCGCCUCAGCAACAGCAUUAUGUGCCUCCACACAUGCAACAUAUGCAACAGAAUAUGCCUCCGCCGCAGCAACAACCUCAGCAGCAGCAGACACAGAAGCAAAUGCAGCAUGUGCAACAACACAACUCGGGACCAUCGUCCAUGCCCAUGCAACAUGUGCAGCAACAGCAGCAGCCACAACAGCCCCCACACAUAUUGCAGGAGCAAGCAAAUGUGGCACCAGCCCCCACCAAUUCCCAGCAACCCACGCAGCAGACACAACAAAAUAUUUCACCACAAUCAGUUGGUAGUCAAUCCAUGCAACAACAGACAACACCACCUGUUGUUGACAAUACCACACCACCCCAACAGCAGCAGCAACAACAACAAACACCACUCACCAAAUCCGAUACAUCCGUGGCUACAUCUGCCUCCGCUUCGAACACAUGUUCAACACCUUCGGAUAAGACAACACCUCCGUCUGGCAAUACCAAUGUUGCAGUGUCAUCGUCGUCAUUACCGCAAUCGGCUGCUUCGAACAAUACCAGCACAUCGACGGGUACAACUGGGACAACAGCGCCACCCGUUAAGAAGACACACGUCCUAAAUCCAUCGGCGAAGCCAUUCACGCCUCGCAGUCCCAGUACCCCAAAUCCCUCACGACCCCAUACACCACAAACACCGGUAACCCUGACAACAAUCUAUACCCAAGGUGCUCCAAUACCAGCUGCUGCGGGUCAACAAACACCAAUAUACAUGAUGACUGGUCAACAACCAGCUGCUGCAUUCCAUGCUUCGGCUCAUCCACAAGCUGCUCAGCAACCACGUAUGAGACGAAACACUUAUGGGCCGAUGACACCCUCACAAAUGCAUGCAUCUGCGGCUACGGGACAGCCAUUGUUAGCUGCCGGACCAUUGCAAGCGCAGUUCAUACCUUAUCCUCAAACACCGCAUGCACCACAUUUCCAAUCACAGCCAUAUGCGCCACCAAUGGUCCGCAUGUAUGAAUCACAACAGUUGCAAUUCUUGGCACAAACACCACCAUCUACAACACCUUCUCCAGGUCAACCACAUCAAACGUUCCAUCCACAACCACAGCCAUCCCCCGCUGGCGGGGGUCCUCAACCCACUUUUGCUCCCCAAGCGCAACAGUAUGUUGUGUGUCCCCUAACCAUCCAUCCCUCACAGAUCAUGCCCAGUCCCUACUAUCCAACGACGACGCAACAUCCCCAACAAAGUCAACAGUUCCAGCUUAUAAUGCCGCCACAUCCGGCUCAGUAGAGGACGAGGAUCGUUAGGAAAGUCAUGUGUGUUCGUAAAAUAAAAUUUCAUUAAAGUUCAGCUCUCCACUCUCUCUCUCGAUCCCAUUCUCUACGAUAACAGAACAAAUAUAAUUCCACAAAAAUAAACUAGGAAGAGGAAAGAAAGAAAAACUUCGUUGGCCAUCACAAAAGAGAGUAAUGCCUUUUGUUCAUUUCAUAAAAAAUAAUUGUCAUUUUGUCUCAUAAAAACAAUCUAAAACAACAAACAAUGCUUUGUCAUUUGAAUGUGUACUCUUGUCUGAUCUAAGAAAGAAAAUGAAAAACAUUGACACUAAGUUGAGAUAAUCACGCAAAAGAUAAAGAGAAAGAAAAUGAUGAAAAAGAACAAAAUCAAAACACAAUUUUCAUGUAAUUCUUUGCAACAAAGAUGAAAAUAUUCCCAUAUUAUUAAAACAAAACAAAAGAUGAAAAAAUAAAAACAAAUUAAUCCCACAAACAUGUCCUGCGAAAGCAACCAACUCCCAUCCACUUUAUAUCCCUAUAUUAUCUUCUUUUUUUGUUUGUUUAUUUCUUUUAUAUACUAUGUAUUUUUUUCAUUUUUGCUUGUUUUUUUCUUUGUAUUGCUUCAUCUCUAGAUAAAGAAUAAUUUUGCUCAAAUAUUGAGAAUCUGAAGAAAAAAGUAAAAUGUUGAAAGAAAAUCUAGCAGUGGCUGCUUUUGAGUAUUUGAACAAAAUAUAAUUGAUUUCGUUUUUUU